AUGGCCAAGUCGAGGUUUGAAUAUGUCAAACAGUUUGAAAGAGAAAACUUUCUAUUACCAGAUACUUAUUUAAUAGUCCGAGUUGAUGGGAAGGGGUUUCACAAAUUUAGUGAAGAAUAUGAGUUUUCCAAGCCCAAUGAUAUCAGAGCCUUGAAGGUGAUGAAUAAGGCAGCUCAAAAUUUAAUGGGUCAAUUCCCGGAUAUAAUGAUGGCAUAUGGGGAUUCAGAUGAGUAUUCAUUUCUUCUACGUAAAAAAUGCAGCUUGUUUGAAAGGAGGGAAAUGAAGUUGGUCUCGACAUUUGCAUCAUUUAUUUCGGUAAACUACCUACAUGAAUGGAAUCUUGAAUUUCCUGAGAAGCCAAUAAAGUUGGAACGAUUACCCACUUUUGAUGCUAGAGUCGUGGUAUAUCCUACAACCCAACAUAUACGAGACUAUUUCAGUUGGAGACAAGUGGAUUGUCAUAUAAAUAAUUUAUAUAAUACAACGUUUUGGACAUUGGUGAUUAAAGGUGGGAUGACGGGGAAAGAGGCAGAAAACAGAUUAUUGGGGACUGUUUCGAGUGACAAGAAUGAAAUAUUGUUCAAGGAGUUUGGCAUUAAUUACAAUAAUGAAUCGGAGAUUUUCAAAAAAGGAACGAUACUUGUUCGGGAAUACGACUACACAAGAGAGGGAGAUGAUUUGAGCAAGCGUCAGCAACAGAGAGUUGAGAAACAACGUAAGAAGGCACUGAUAGAAGAAUAUCACCUUGAUAUAAUUGGUGAUACCUUCUGGAACGAAAGGCCGUGGCUCUUGGAAUAA